GCCAGCUCCCGAUCCGUUGCGCAUACGGUUCGAGUACCAAAUCUACUACAAAGUAGUACAGAAUGUGCCCAAAUGCUACGACAGGUUUGCCAAUUGAAGCUUGAAUUCUUUGUUUCUUCAGUAGUUCAAGGUCUUUCGGUGAUGGCCACUCGGUGCUACUUUUACUGGAGAUCAUGAAAAUACUUCUACACAUUUUAUUGCAGUCUAGUAAGCGAUUGUGUCGAAAUUAUGCUUGCAAACGUUGGUGAAGUCACAAGAACUUGCCAAUGUAUCCAUCAUAUUUUCUAUUUGUUUCAAUUGUAUUUGUCUCAGAAGUUGCACAAUGGUCAAGCAGAUCAUCCGAGAAGGACGGGCUGGUAUGCUGACUUAUUUGCCACCUUGAAGCGACUACAAGAAUGGCGAACGGACCUCCUCUCUAGCUUCAAUUUAGGAAAAUUUAGGACAAGUGUUGGUUUGAUAUUUUGACAAAGUCUGGCUCCCGGCAGCCGGCGAUCACCGGCGCGAACGGUUCACAAACCACUUUUGGUCAAAAUUGUACGGGAUCGGCGCCGGGGCAGAUCGCAAGAGUUGGGCACUGUCCAACUUUGCCGGCGGUCCCUUGCGAUAUUUUACCGUAUGAUUUUGUUACGACUGCACUGGUUCACACAAUCGCAAUGCGCCGGGAGAGGUUGCAAGAAGCCCACCGCCGGUGACUCCCGGCGCGUACCGGCGAUAUGUGAACCAACCCUUAAAAAGUAUGGUGCGUUUGCGUUUUGGAUUUCUUCUUCCAGUUAUCCUGUGCGGACUACCAUCUCUGGAUGGAGGGCUCAGCUACAAUCUGCCUGAGGAGUUUCAAGACACUGUCACUUACGGCACCGAAUUGAGUUUCCGUUGUGUGGAUGAUGGCUACGAAGUGAGCGAGUCUCCCUUGCCUUUCUGCACAAUGUCCGGUAACUUCUCCAAUACUUUCCCGACGUGCAUAAAUAUUGAUGAAUGCAUUCGAGGUACACAUAUUUGUGAUAUCAAUGCUGAAUGUAGGGAUACCAAUGGAGCCUACACAUGUUCAUGUCUACCUGAUUUCACUGGAUCUGGAACAACCUGCACAGGUAUUACAUGUCCCCUACCACUAUCCACUGAUGUUACCACCUUCAUCAACACCCCGCUUACAGAAGAUGACCGUCUCGAGCUGGGCACGGUGCUGGAUGUGCAGUGUGCGAAUGGCUAUGAGCUCGUGCCGCUGGAUCAAGUGCUUCCUGAAUGCGCACGGCAUGGGAAUCUCUCUCUACCUCUCCCUGUGUGCUACGUUAUCAACUGCACGCAGCCUGACAACGGUCUGAAUGCUGAUAUCAGUGACCAGUCUGGUCUGUACCCAUUCGGGCACAGUCUGACCUACACGUGCCAGGAUGGCUACAGAGCAAGGAACAAUGCAAGCAGUCUGAUCAUACACUGCCAGGCUGACAGAACCUGGUCAGGAGAACCAUUGCAGUGUCUUGACAUUGAUGAAUGUUCAGAGGGGGCUGAUGAUUGCCAUGACAACGCUGUGUGCACGAACAUGCAGCCAGGCUUCAUGUGCAAUUGCUCCACUGGCUUUACUGGGGAUGGACGAGAGUGCAAUGUGGUCACUUGCAGUGCUGGAGUGCUGAACGACUUCGUCACUGUGAUGAGCUCUCCGACAGCAAGCUACUCCGAGCAGAUUCAGUAUGCCUGUGCAGGCGGGUACGUGCACGAAGGUGGCGAUCUCGUCCGCACCUGCCUGGACAGCGGCACGCUCAACGGCACCAGUCCUACAUGUAGAGGUCGUCUCUGUGAUAGUCUGCAGAUAGUCGAGAAUGGUGCGCUGUCAAACGAUUCUGACUUGCUUGGUGAGGGUGAGCUUCGCUUCAGGGAAGGUGACAUGACAACGCUGAUGUACGAAUGCAACCUCGGUUAUGCUCUCAUCGGUAGCAGCCUGGUUGCAUGCACUGAAGAUGGCAGCUGGUCUCCAGGAUUUCCCAGUUGUCGACAAUGCCCCAUGGACGUGUUUGGAUCAAACUGCACAAUGCAGUGCACAUGUCUGCAUGGCUCUUGCAAUCAUAUCACUGGAAACUGCACUUGCUCUCCUGGAUUCACUGGACGAAACUGCUCCGAGGCGAUAACGUGUGAUCAUCCAGAGCCAGGUGUACACUCUACAUUCAACAUGUCAGAAACAGGCAGCUAUGCAUUUGAAUCAACAGUGCAAUACUACUGCUUGGACGGGUACACCACUGCAGGAAUGCUUACUGUUAGAAUGUGUGUGGGAACCGGAGUAUGGACUAGACAGCCGCUGAACUGCACACCUGUGCAAUGCGAUGAGGUAUCUGGGGAGAAUCUUAUGGUCGAGGGAACUGAUCUGUUUUUCAUGUCAAGCCUAAGCCUCGACUGUCGUCUUGGCUCGGCUUUGGACACAAACGAGAUCACAACGGAGAUUACAUGCAAUGCCAGUAGAGAAUGGAGCCCCGGGAUACCAGAGUGUAAUAUUGUGAAUUGCACUGGCUUGGAUGACCCAGAAAAUGGAUUCCUGAGUGAUACUGUCUUCUCGAACGGAUCAGUUGUAGAAUUCGGCUGCAAUGAAGGGUUCAAUUUGUCCACAACGUACGACAGCUUGGAGUGUCAAGUCUUGAAGCAGAGUCCUUUGGAGGGUGUUUGGUCUGCAAGAGAGCCAGAAUGUUUGAUCAUCAACUGUACAUUUCACACUGUAUCCAGCCUUGUACUGCCAUUGUUUGACACGACUGAUGGCCAAUUGCCAUACACAUCCUUCAUCAACUACACUUGUGUCACUGGCUACGAAGUGUCCAACCCGGAGGAUGAGUAUCAGCAGUGCCAAGCUGAUGGUGUCUGGUCUGGUCAGCCACCAGUCUGUGAAGGGGUUUCUUGUCCUGAUCAGGUACCUCCCACACAUGGCUCACUCAAUGGUAGUGUCUUCGUAUUCAACAACAUUGUCAGCUUUGAUUGUGAUCGAGGCUACAACCUGGUCGGAGAUAGGCUCAUCAUCUGCCAGGCAAACCGGGCUUGGAACAUAUCUGAGCAACCGAUGUGCUCUCCUGAGAUCUGCACUCUUCACAACAUCAAUUACCCAGUAACCAGCAAUCUAACCAGCAAUGCCACGCAGAUCGAGUUCCCGCAAGCUGUCGCGUACAGCUGUCCGGGCAACCUUGGCUUCGUGAAUGAAUCCAACGCAGUGCAGUACUGCACGGAGUUUGGAACACUGAGCGGGGCAACACCGCUUUGUGUGGAUUUGGAUCCUGUUGCAGGAGAACUCACGCCAAGCUUCCACCUAAGUAAUGAGUCCACCAUCGGCGCUGUCAGUCUCCUUUGCAAUACGACCGGCGCCGGACCGUUCUCCUACACGUGGUCAUUGGCACCGUUGACAGCAUUUCCGGAUAUUCUGGCUUCAUUGAGAAGCGGCAAUACAUCACUCGCCCUUCCCAGCAAUGGCACUCUCCAGAUGACCCGUUUCACUAUCCUUCCUGACUACAUUGAGCAGCAGAUAUUGGUACCUCGGCUAAGGAACUUCAGUGGAGUAAUUCGGUGUCAAGUAGAGAGCCAGUCGAACCUUGAAAGUAGCUUGGCUACUGCCAUCACACACAGCUUAGUUGUUUUUCAUGUUCGACCUUCAGUCAGUAUCCGACCUGAGCAGACCAUGGUUGCCGUUGGAUCAUCGGUGGUGUUUACAUGCAAUGUUACGGAUGCUAUUCCUUUGACAAUGUCCACUGACAUCACUUGGCAUCGACAACGUCUUGGUAGCAGCAGCGAUCAGGAAAUUGUGUCUGCCGGUCGGUUCGAAGUAUCCAGAUUUCCAGAUCAAAGCACACUAUCUAUCAUGAACGUAAUGGCCAGUGAUGAGGGCACAGUUACAUGCAGGGUUGGCAACUCUGCAGGAUUAUCUACAGCUACAGCUUUGCUGAUUGUUAAUGGUCCACCCAGUGUGAAUAGUAUUCGCGCUGCCGCUCAAGAAAUAUCCGUUGGUGAUGCCACCGAGCUGAUCUGCAACUAUGAAACACUGGCUUGCCCGGUAAAUGUCAGCUUCUACUUCUACCAGUUCUCGUCGCGGGACAUGGAACUCCUUGCAGUUGAGCGUGACGACAACAGCAGUGUCCUGCCAGAUGUGUGUUCUCGUCGCAACACCAGUCUAACCGCUACUUUGUCUCUAGAUAAUGUCACGCACGGGCAGUCAGGAAGCUACUUUUGCCGAGUAGCGAACCGAUAUGGUACCAGCAUGUCCGGUACAGUCAACAUCUCCGUCCUAGUGCCGCCAAACGCCACCAUAGUUCCGGAGGAGGAUACAGUUGUUCCCGUCAGCACCCGUGUCACGUUCACUUGUACAGCUGAGGGGUUUCCAGCGCCACUCCUUACUUGGCACUUUAAUGGCAGUGAAGCAGAGGAUUCUGCCAUCAUCUCCAAUUCUGCCCUGAUCAACAAUUCAGCGCAAGACGGAUUUGGCUUUGUUGUCAAGAGUUCCAGCACGCUAGAGUUUGAAAGUGUUGGCAGACAGCACCGUGGUACCAUCACGUGCAACGCUGCAAAUGUAGUCGAUGAGCAAGACGUUCAUGCAAGUCUGUUUGUUCAAGAUGUGCCUGAUCCUGUGCUGAACCUGACUACACGGAACGGCACGGAGCAGACCGUGCUGCUUGUGGCCGAAUGGCAGCAGCCUGUGGAUAGAAGUGGCCUCCCUGUCAACUACACGAUACUGUUGAUGCAUUUGAGUGGCAAUCGGAGCUUUGCAGGUUAUGUCGACAUGACAGUGUUUCAUCUCAACAGCUCGUUGGUGAGGCCAGCCAGCGAAAACUACACUGAACCGAAUACACUGUCGCCGUUUGCCAACUACACCAUCAAUGUGGCCGCUUGUAAUGCCAUUAACUGCAGUAGAUUUGUCACGGCAGAACGUCUACUUACUACUCCUCCUCAAGCUCCCAGCACUCCACCUAUCUUAUCAGAGCCUGAGGAGGAAGAGGUUCUCGCCGAGACCAUCACGAUCACGUGGAGUCCACCAACGGAAUCAAACGGUGUCAUUGUUGCUUACCAGUUGCUUGUGAGGAAUCUGUCCCUCUCGAGCUUUGGCGGUUCUCGCAGAAAGCGACAGAGCGCCGAGGACAGCUGUUCUGGCGGCAGCCCAGUCAUGUACAAUGUCAGUGCAUCAGCAACGCAGUUCGUUAUUCCAACGCAGCCUCAUACCCGGUACUGUGUUCAAGUGCAGGCAGACACUGAGCAAGGACCUAGCCCGCUUGGGUCUCAGAUUGUCAUUGACUCAGCUCAGAGUGCACCCACUCCACCAGUGAACCUGACAGUUCCAGCACUUAAUCCGCAGAAUGUCACGUUGACUUGGCUACCUCCUCUGGAGGUGAAUGGCUUUCUCCUUCAAUAUAGCAUCAAGUACAUGAGCACUGGCGAACCCUCACUGAGGGGAUGUACACAGCAAGAUGAGUUGAACAUCACGGGGCAAGAUCUAAGCGAGGCAUUGCAGAUCUGGCCACUGUACAACCUCUGCCCUGAUACCGUGUACCGUGUGGAGGUCACCGCUUGGACCAGCGUAGCUGAAGGCAACAGUACAUUUGCUGUGUUCAACACGUCAGUGUUGAACUGCACUUCCUCGCCAGAUGGCACCAAUAUCAACUCCUCGUUGCUCAAGUCUAACUAUAAUGCUGGUGGCAGUGUAUUUGCACCAGGUGCUGUGCUGAAUAUCUCUUGUGCGGUGGGAUAUCGCCUGAACAAUACCAUUGAUGCCAGAAGUACUCUUCGUCGACAGUGCUUGACCAAUGGCAGCUGGAGUGAUGUCACCAUCUGCACAAAUAUAGAUGAGUGUACUGAGCAGACACACAGCUGUGAUCCCAAUGCCACAUGUUCUGAUGUACCAGGAUCCUAUAACUGUACGUGUAACCUUGGUUACGAGCCUCGUGACGGUCGCUGUUUCCUGGUGCAGUGCAACACAUCAGACCUGCAUGUUACUGUCAAUAGUAUGCUCACGACGGUGUGUCCAUACACGACCACGCUAACCACUGUCAACCUGGCUCUGGCUGCUAAUGAUUACAACACCAUUGCAUGCUAUCGGUGCAUAGCCGGAGACCCUCAAUUCGAGCAGACGGGCAUUGGCUCAGUUGUGCGUCGCUGCACUGAAACGGGCCAGUGGAAUGACACAGCCUUGGCAUGUGACAAUGAGAAUGAAUGUGGAGAUGAGACCACAGCUGCUACUCAUAACUGCUCUGCUAACUCAGAUUGCGUGAAUAGAGCUCAGCCUGAGCGAUUCCAAUGCAACUGCCACCACGGAUUUGGCAUGGUCAACGACAUUUGCACACUUCUGAACUGUACGGAGCCAGAAGUUGGUGCGAAUGCUGAGAGAGUGGUACCAACCGAGUCAACUGUGCAAGACUUGUACGUAUGGAAUACAACUCUAAGGUUUCAAUGCAACAGUGGAUUCAAUGCCAGCAGUGACAGUCUGGUGCGGACAUGCAACGAUCCAUUUGAUGAUCGUUUUGCUAACUGGAGUGGCACCCCCGCCACAUGCACAGUCCUGACAUGUCCCCGACCAGUAAUACAAGCACCGGUACUACAAGUUACCAUGCCGAUACUGGAAUUUUACAACUUUUCCACUCGGCUGAACUAUAAUUGUGAUGUUGGAUACAGACAAGUCGAGGGUACCUUCUCCAGGGUAUGUGACUGUACACCAGACAUGAACUGUAAUUUCGAUGGCGAUCAACCGGGGUGUGAAGACAUUGAUGAAUGUAACGUGUUCAGCCCUGACCUGAACAAUUGUUCAAUGUUUGCUGACUGUUCCAACACGAUUGGUUCAUUCAAUUGCACUUGUGAUGAAGGAUUUGUUGGCGAUGGCGUGGUCUGUGACUUGGCGAUUUGCACCGACCAGGGAUUCAGUGCUAUCAGUUUUCUCCGCGAUGGCUAUCCCAUUGUGUAUAAUAACACCUUCACAAGUGUCUUCGAAACCAGAGCGGGCAUACGUUACAUGCCUGGCAGGAACUUCACCUACAACAAUACAGUGAUGCUGAGCUGUGAGGAUGGGUACAUUCUGACUAGUGACCUUGUCAAUGAGACUCUGCGUUGUCAAGCCAACGAAACUUGGGACAGGAACACUCCGCAAUGUCAAAUCAUGAAUUGCACCAGACCGGGUUUUAACACAUCAACUUCAGUCCAAGUUACGACCGAACAGUUUGACUACCAGUACCGUACAACCAUUGAAUUUGACUGUCUGCAAGGAUUUCGACGCAACGCGUCCAGCCUAGUUACAAACCUUCGCAACUGCACCGUUCAAUCUCCGGAUAGAAGCAGCAUCACCUGGGAUGGUGUGGAUUUUGAAUGUGAAGAUAUCAAUGAAUGUGCUGAAGGCACACAUAUGUGUGACCCGAAUGCUAUCUGCAACAACACGUUUGGUAGCUUCACCUGUAAAUGCCUUCCCUGCUUCAAAGGCUCUGGGUUUAUCGGAGACUGCCCGAUUGUGAGCUGCAGCUUGGAGAAUGCUACUGUUCCCAGGAGCAACUUUUCGUUGGAGAGACCUGCUGAGUCUCCACUACUAUUUAACAGCAGUUCGCUGAACUGCUCUUUUCUGAUCAGCUAUGACUGCCAUACUGGAUACAAUAUAACAUCUGGAAAUCUACGACGAGAAUGCCUGCCUGAUAGGACGUAUACUGGAUUGAGACCCGUCUGUAACUUUGUGAACUGCACCUACCCUGGACCAGGAUGGUACGCCACACAGAUCUCCAGUAACCUCACUGAUCCAGAUGAAACACUCACUAUAACGGAACGAGAUAAUUUCUUCUUCCCUCGAGACAUGGUCGGUCCUGAUAGAUUUCGCUACCUAUCUAUGGCGACAUUCGAGUGUCUCGAAGGCUAUGCUCAUCCGCGCAAUCUGACAAACUCCAGCCGCUUGUGUCUGGCCAAUGGUAUGCUGGAUGGUGAAAUACACCACUGCUUUCGACGGAAUUGCUCAAUUCUAAUGCCGCGGAACAACAGCGAUCUGUACAAGCUCAACUUCACGAAUCCAGCAUACCCGCUGAGUGACAUCCAGCAACUGCAUGACGGAUUUGAGGAGGCAUACCGGACGAACUUCUCCUACACAAAUCGAUUCUUCUUUGACUGUAAUCGCGGGCAUCGUCUUGAACAGGGCGAGAGCAAUGUAACAGAGUGCUUAUCGAAUGAAAGCUGGUCACAUCCUGAACCUCCAUGUAGUCCCAUUCCUUGCCCAGCUCUGCCGACCGUGUAUUUUGCUGACAACAUCACAACACAGAUCGGCUCACUAAACGGUCUAUUUUAUGACAAUGAAGUUCAGUACACAUGUGAUGGAGGCUUCACUGGCAGUGGCACACUGAAAUGCACUGAUCCGGGUUAUGAGCACACUGUGAGACCAACAGAAGGAACAUGGAUAGCACUGGAGGAGAAUCCACCGUGGACACCACCUGAUGUCACGUGUCACCGUCGCGCACAACUACUGCGUAUCGAGCCACCUCCCAAAAUGGGCGAAACCCUACUUGUAGUCGAAGACAGUACCCUACAGUUGGCGUGUGUACACCAGGGACAUCCAGUAGCCACGGUUCGUUGGUUUCAAGAUGGAGUGCUGAGAUCGGAGAUUACUAGCACGCAGGAGCAAAACGAAGAGCAGGAAAGACGACGUGAGGUGCUUGAUUCGUGGCCGUCGACAAUCACUGUACCAAACGUUCGUCGUAGAAAUAGUGGCACAUGGACUUGUGAAAUCUCUCAAGCAAGGCAGGAAGAUGGUGUAGAGGUGUUCAUUGAGCGCAGGACAAUAAUAGUAGAAGUCAGAGCUCUGCAGCUGCACGUCCUCAAUCUAAAUUUUGAUGUAGAGGACCCGGAUGAAAACGUGACUAUCGUUGGGACGCAGCAACACAUGGACCUCAGAGAAGAUGUUACUGACGCUGUGGAAGAGCUUUUCCUCAGUAAUACCAACCUUAAUGAGGUGUUCUUUCUCGAUUCAAUUCCUGAGAAUCCGUUCCAUAUUAGGACUGGCUCCAUAAUUGUUGAAAUGGACUUGCAAAUACUGGUUGUCGGUGAAGAUAAUGCUGAUGAGCUGCAACGUCGCUUCAAUAUGGCGGUUGAGGACCAAGCAGAUAUAUUUGGUGUGUUGGUGACACCUAGCGCAACAGUGAUGGCAGUCAAUAUCACCGCAAGACUUCUGGAACGUCUGACAGAAAUCCGGGAAAGCGCCAUUCCACCGGAGGAACUGGCCGAUGUUGCCAAUGAACUGUAUAUUUUGACAAACGCCAAUCCAGGACAGCUGUCCGACACUGAUAUCGGUGCCACUACUACCGUUGUUGGAGCAUUGGCAGAUGCUUUGGCUGACGGCAACCUGGACCUACCAGCUGAGUCCGUGAAUAUGAUUGCACGAGAUGUGUUUUCAGUUGUUGACAACACCUUGCAAGCAGAUGCCACAGCUGCAGCAGCGGAUGAUGCCCAGGAGACUUUGAGGAAUGCUGUGACCAGUGCGAUUAGCUCGCUGCUGACUAACCAGACAAUAGCCGGCAGUGUGCAAGGUGCUACUGUUGUUGGCGACUCCGUGUCCGGUGCUAAUAUUGUUAACAGCGGUGCUGCAAUGGAUAUCACUGCUUCCUUUUCGGAUGAUGAGACCCCUGCUCUGGCUGUUGGUGCUGGAGCCAUGACUGGCAUGGCAUCUGUACAGCUGACAUCUGAUGCGUUUAACGCAGCAGCAUGUGAGAACAGGAAUGAAACAACUAACCUCUGCAUGGAUGGCUUUAGCGCAGUCUUCACACAGUUUACCGACUUCAAUCUGUUCCGGGAUGGCAACUGUGACAUCGGAUCAUCCAGCAUCCUAGGUGCUUCGGUCAAUGGACAGAAUGUAACCAGGUCACGCAACGGUGAAACACUUGUUCGUGCCAACUUCUCAGUCAAUAUGGGUACGAGUACCGGAGCCCGCUGUGCUUUCUACAAUGUCACACUGCGGCGGUGGCGUACGGAAGGAUGCCGCACUGUCAUGCCCACACCGGGUGUGGUGACCUGUGACUGCGAUCACUUGACCAAUUUUGCAAUCCUGCUCACUGAAGAUGCGCCAAGCCAAGAGGACAUCACCAUAGUAACCUACGUUGGUUGCGGCAUCUCCAUCAUUGGCCUCGUGUUCACAAUCAUCUUGCAUAUUCUUGCGCGAACUCUGCGGCAGAAGGUUCAAACGAAAAUCCUGAUCGGCCUCUGCGUCUCGCUUACACUGCUCCUAACCUUCAUGAUCACGUUGGAGAGUGCACGUAGCAACGACACUGCAUGUCAGGCUGUGGGCAUUCUGACACAGUACUUUCUCUUGUCAACUUUCUGCUGGAUGGCUGUGCAAUCCGUGCACCUCUACCGCCAGCUCAUUCUUGUGUUCACUGGCGGGGAGCAGCGCUUCCUCUAUCUAGCAACUGGCCUUUCGUUUGGUCUACCAUUUGUGGUGACAACUAUCACAGCCUAUUUCUCACGCAAUCAGUACUCCAUGAGGACGGUCGUAAACGAAGGGUGUUCAGCAAUCGAAGUGGCUCAACCUCAAGAUCCUUUCUGCUUUGUGACCGGCACGCCAUUCUUCGCAGGAGUUUACGGCCCGGUGGCGGCAAUGCUGGUGUUCAAUGGCGUUGUCUACGGGCUAGUCCUGCGCGUCCUCUGGCGGCGCAAGAAGGGCGCCAACCUGCGCAAGAACGACAAGAAGGAGAACGCACGUCGAGCCAAGCAGACGCGUGCCAGCAUCAGCCUGUGCUUUCUGCUGGGUGUGACCUGGAUCAUUGGACUGUUCAUGAUCAGCACUGGGAGCGUGGUGCUCCAGUGGAUAUUCACGGUCACGAAUAGCCUGCAAGGAUUCGCUCUGUUCUUCUUCUACACGGUGUCCCACGACAAGCUACACAAAGAUGUGUCCGACACCUUGUACCACACCGUCACGGGUAAGCAGCGAGUACGCAAGGAUCUCACCCAAAGCCAGAGUGGAGACCUCGAUAAAUCAACCUUGUCCUAUGGAGAGCGAGCUGCGCGCAGGAAACAACAGGCAACAACGACGUCAUCGCGUGAAACGUCCGACUGGGAUGCUUUGGAAUCGACGAACACUGCUAUCUGGAAGUCGAAGGCUCUAACCUUGGGAAGGAUAUCGGCCUUUUCCCGAAAGAGAACUUCGACAUUGUCGGGCUCAGAUACGAUGAGAGGAUCUCGAUCAUCCAGCAUCUCAACACCAAUGGGCUCAUUUAACGAUCUAGCUGUUAGCCGUGAUCGGAUGAACUCGGAUGCCGGCUCGGCAACGUCCUUGGCAGAUCGUCCCCAGAAGAACACUAGGUGGCGUGAAGCGAUGCAACGAAGUGCUCUCAAACCGGCAUCCAGCCGUACCCGCGGAGGGUCUGUGCCGGAGGUCAGCAUUAGCGUACACCAGGGCACCAGUCAGGGGGACCAUGAGUUCACACAAUCAUCAGUUACUCCAUCCCUAUCUAGCCAGUAUGAUAGUGGUACGGUCUCCAGUCAGGUCAAAACACUCCCUCCAGGAAGACGAGGGCUGUCCCCUCGUGGAGAUGAGAGAUACGCCGAGAAAGGGCAGCGUCCAAGGAGCUCUUCAGUGCCCCGUGUUGUCCUCAGUCGUGACGUUUCAUUGUCUUCGAGCGGAUAUUCAACUUCUGGUGGAGCUGCCCAUGCACUGCAAGUAUGCAGUGACCGGGAAUCAACUCCAAGUCCCAGUGAAAUGGACCAGAUGCUCCAAGGUGUUAGCUCCCCAGAGCCUGGCACUACUGGACGCCCAGUCUCGCGGCAGCCAUCAGCAAUAGGAGCGGAUGCCAUUUUGGAAAUACCCGAGGAUAGCGAACUUGAACUACAUCCGAAAGCUGCACAAGCAGCAUCCCUUCAACGUAGCCACUCUCAUGAAGUCUCUUAUGGCAAUGAUGACGUGGAAGCAGGCAGACUGUCACCCUUCUACAAGCCACAAACAGCUGAUACUGAGAGCAAAUCAGCUUCAUUGCCAAGAGCGGAACCUCUUAUCACCUUCAGUGAUGCUGAAGAUGUAGACCACAGUGUUCCAGAAAAGAGAUCCAGGCUCAAAGGCUCCACUUUAGCCAGAGCUACCAGCUCAGGAAGUGAUACACGUUUCUCCGCACCUCUCCCUCCAGCCAAGUCCAAGUCUAAAUCGAAAGGUGGAUGGAAAGCUCUGAAGAAAAAGGUACGAUCUCCAUCACCUCCAUCACAAUCAAGAGAUCCGUCUGCCAAGCGAAAGCCAGUGCAGAAAUCACAAUCGAUAUCACUGUCGACUUCGGCAGAUUAUUCCGGCCGUGAGCGCGGCACCUCUGUGCCGGACAUUGCCAUGUCAUUUGAUGACUCGACGGGAGAAGAACAUCAAUUCACAAAAUCAUGCACUCUACCUCCACCGCAGAGACAUCGACCAUCUCCUUCCAGCUCACCUGAAACAAGAAGGCACGCUCCCAAAGGUUCUCAGCUAGCCAGAGAGUCAAGCCAGGAGAAUUCUCAACGCUUCUCUAUGCCUCUUCCGCCACCCAAAAAGAAGAAGAAAGGGAAGAAGAUGCCUCAGCACAGCUCAUCACUGCCAAGGCAUGUUGUGUCGACCAGUAGUGGCUCCUUUACUUCAUCUUCUGGAGGUGCUGAGCAAGCCAUGCGGGUGUGUGAUGACCGAGAGUAUUCUCCCAGUCCAACAGAUGUGGUUGUAACUGGUGGUGGCAACUCUCCAGAGCCUGGUGCUGAAAGGAUUCCAUCCCAAACCAGACGGCCGUCAGCCAAUAUUGGAAUCUUCAUCUCUGGGAUACCAGAGGACUCUGAGCUAGAAAUUCACUCACAGCGAGAACCGGCAGGUAUGCUAGUGCCAAUGGAGAUUGCACCAAGGUUUACCGCUCCAGCCAGCCACCAUGGUAGUCACCAGCACCCGAUGACAACGCAUAGUGGACAUCACACUGAUCCGAAUGCUGCAGUGCAUGCCAGCGAUUCACCAUCCGGUGGCUCGCUUAUUACUGCGAAGGGAGGUUUGGCAAGAGACACGACUCUGCCUACACCACGAGUGGAGCCUCUUAUCGUAAUCAGUGACAAUGACAGUCCUGGGCUAGAUGGUAAUGAGCCACGCAUCCCUAAAUCGAGAAUGAAGGGCGCUAAACUGGCCAGAGCCACGAGCACUGCAGCUGAUCACUCCAGAUUCUCUGCACCUUUACCACCGCCAAAAUCAAGGUCCAGGUCCAACUCCGCCAGUGGAUGGAGCAGUCUGACGAAGAAGCUGCGAUCUCCAUCACCCCUGUCACGAACAGCAGAAGAGACGCCAACCAAAGACAACACAAUGCCAACGCCAGACUCACUAUCACCAUCGGUGGCAUAUUCAGGCCGCGAGCGUGGCUCCUCUGUGCCCAAUAUUGCUGUCUCGUUUGCUGAAUCAACAGAGGAGGGAGAUCCAUUCACCUCAUCUACACUGCCCUCACAUCACAGAACUCAGCCACGCUCUCCUUCGCCCCUACCUGAAACCAGAUCCCGACAUGCCAAAGGUGCUCAGCUAGCUAGGCUAUCAAGUGAAGAGAAUCCAGAGCGUUUCUCUAUGCCACUUCCACCACCCAAGAAGAAACAGAGGGCCAAAAAGACGCAUCAACGCAGCUCAUCACUGCCAAGGCAUGUCGAACCCCCAACCAGUGGUUCCUUGUCUUCAUCUUCCGGCGGUGCUGAUAACUCCAUGAGUGUGUGCGAUGCAGACCUAAGCCCUGCUGCAACUGGUUCUGUGCUGAAGAGUACAGUAGCUACCGGUCCGUCUCAAGGACUUUGUUCUGCUGGUUUAAGAUCAGACCCAAGACUCCCACCUGUCAUUCCCAGCCGACACAAUGCUGACAUUCCGCAAAUACAUCAGCCGCAUGUUCUUGUCACACCUGGAAGCAUAGACGCAUCAACUCGAGAGGUAGUUGGCACCUGCACCUUGGACCCCGCUGCGUUCAACAUUGAUCACCUCACAGCCAUGCGUGCGCUGCACGGCCAAUCGUUUGGAAACAGUGGAGACGACGAGCGGAGCGCGCCUUCGUCGUUUGACCAUCAGCACAUGGAUGUAUUGCCGACGGGUGAUGACCGUAUGCCUGCACCGCCUGCACCGACUACCUCACCGAGAGCCGAGCCGCUGAUUCUCCUCACUGACAGUGACAUGGCGUACAGCUCCUCGAUGCAAGAACACAUGGCUGCGUUCCAGGAGAGUCUUGAGUCUUCACGCAGUGCCGCCUCACACAUGAAGGGCUCUAAAUUGGCCAAAGCAACAAGUACAGAUGUCAACCACACCCGAUUCUCUGCUCCAUUGCCGCCAGCAAAACCUAAAUCUAAAUCUGGAGCAGGAUGGAACUUUCUGAAGAAGAUCCGCUCCCCUUCGCCACCAUCAGGGCGCCGGAAUUCAUCCGCAGAGCCAAAGAAGACCAAUCCCAUAACCGAACCCAGAGGCAGAAAGCGACAGAAACAAACAUCUCCGCAGUCAUCAGAAGAUUUGAACAGCAGCCUAUCAGUGUUUUCAAAACCAAGAUCUAUAUCGGCCUCGUCUGCAGCGGAGCACCCUGGCAAGCCAGACACUUCAUCUGCAGCUGCCAGGCGUCGGGCCUUCUCUUCCUCAUCCAAGAGUGACUUGUUCAAGCCAGUAACAGAUGGUAAAGAUCUUGAUGCAUCACAAACACCAUCCAGAGCCGAUAAUGAGGGUGGCAUGAGAAGAAGUCGCAGCAAAGAAAGAAACACAAGCAGAUUUGCAAGACAAUCAACAUCAGAAGACAAGAAGACUGCCGGUUUGCAAAAAUCACCACAGUCGCCAUCAUUCCAAUCACAGUCAGUGGAUUUCUUGUCUGAUUUGCCACCUGCCAUCAAUCUUCCACCGCCCAUAUCUCCGGUAUUGAGCUCCACCGCUCCAGUGCUGGUUGAUAUUCCGUUGGCGGCAAGCCAGCCAACUCCUCAAUCCCAUCUUGCCACGGCUGAUCUCCUGGAUUCGCAGUUCGCUCUGCCGGCGCGCCUUCCGCCACCAAUUCCGCCUGUCGUGAAUCUACCGCCAGACAUGCAGCAGACUGCGAGUGACGGGAGUGUGAUGCCUGGAGCGACAAUGACAGGAUCAGCCAGUGCAACUGCUCCUCCGUCCGGCGGGGAAGUGACAGAGGAUCUGACACUCCCUGUCACAGCCAGCGUCUCCAGCAGUGAUGGCAGCAACCGGCAACUAGAAUAAUAUCCAUUGAAGAUGCAAUAGCCACUCGCAAUGAAAGUAACUCAAUCCGAGCAAUAAAAAUAGCAUUGCUAUUGACUGCCAAUAUACCAUGAAAUGAAAUGUCCCAUUCCAACCACUAGUGAACCUAGAAUUCUGCAUUGUGUCUUUAGCUACUGUACAUAGAACAUCAUGCCAUCUUGAUAAUGUUAUUGUGAAACAUUUGAUGCCGCGUGACCUUCCCGUAGGCAAUGUCCCAAAGAACGUUCCUGUAUAGCCGAGUGAUGUCACGGCGUUCUUCUCAUUGAAUAUUGUUGAUUUUCAGCGGAAUGAGGUCUUUAUUUUUAUUGACAUGCCUCUCCUUUCCAUUCGUGUUGAGCUCACUCUGCAUGCUUGCUGAUUCUCCCUUUGAUUGUAUUUUAAUUAUGCUCUGAAAGAUUCUGUAACUAAUCGAAGCAUGCCAUUGCAUUUGGUAAUCCUGAAUGUCUUGCACAGUGCAUUUCAAUCAAUUUUCCAUGCAAUGAAUUCAUACACAUUGAUAGAUCGUAUAUUGAGCAAGCCGAUGCAUUCAAUUCCUGAAGACAAGCAGAGCAUUUCGUUAGAAAUUUGUAACAUGUUUUCUUUGCCAAUACUUUCAUGCUUUGCAGACUUCCUCGACACAGCCUUGCUGAAUUGCAACAUUUUACAAGAGAAAUGUCAAUGGUCACACAAUCCCUUGCUCAGAUAAUUUAUAUUGCUUACUGCAUGACAUUUCACUACGGAGUGUACACUAGUAA